AUGUUGAAGCCUCGUUCGGUGCGACUGGUGCCAGCGAUCUCGCUCGACAGGAAGCUGGGCCACGACCCGCCGGGCUGUAUGGCAUCUGGGGGUUGGUUGUGUUGUGAGUGGAAGGCUUUGAGUUUCGGCUUAGGGGUCUUUAGGAAGCUACCCCGGGGUUGUGAUCAGGAUGACCCCACUAUUACAGGCGCUGAUGAUGAUGACGACGAUGGCAAACCCUGCCGUGGUCGGUCGGCUAUCAAAGCCUGUGCACCGAGGAGCGGACGAGGAAUUGAGUGCGUUUGGCUCCUGUUGGACUUCGCAGACUUUGCUGAGGAGAUCCGGGCAGCAGCCCAGGGGCUCCCUACCCAAGAGCUGAGACGUCUCGACGAGGUCUUGGGAGGCCGGGCAGCCGAGCUCUUCGAGGCCUUCGUGGCCUCCGGGAGAGCCGAGGGAGUUGCAGGGCCCUGGAGCUCAGCGGCACGGAACAACUUGGCACAGGACUACUCCUUCGCGCUGCUGGGACGCCGUGAGGCGCAGACUGUGGCGCGAGCACUGGGCGAGCGCGGAAUCUGGAGGGUGGUAGAUCCCAUGGCAGGUACGGGUCUGCACGCGCGGCUUCUGUCGGAAGCGGGGCUUGAGGUCGAGGCCUCGGACGCGCAACCUGGCACUGCCGGUGGUUUCUGUUGGCAUCCGGUAAGCCAGAGGUUCUUGGAUUCGCAGCAGCUCCCAGCGAGCAGUGAUGCCGGUUUCGGCGGGGAUUGCUCCCACAGCGCGCUGUUCCUGAGUUGGCCUCCCCGUAGCGAAGCGGCAGCUUCCGCCCUUCGCAGCUUCGGCGGUCCCAUGCUGGUGGUAGUCGGCGACCGUGGGAAGUGGCAUGGGUCCGAGUCCUUCCACCAAGCCCUCGAGGAGAACUGGUCCCUGGUCCUGCAGGCGGAUCUCCUCACCUGGCCCCGGCUGCAGGACGACCUCCGCAUCUUCUGCCGAGUGGAGAAAAGGCGUGGAGUCUACGAGUGGUUGAAAGAAAGGCUUCGCGGGCGUGGCGCAGACGGAGGUGCCAGCACCAUCAGGCCCGGUGGGCCCAAAGACGGCCCCGCCGCUCGUGAUUUCCGUGUCCGAAGCCCUGGGGACAACGGAGGGGAGUGGCGUGUCGACACCGAAGACGCCGAAGAAGACCACGGUGUGGGGGCCAAGAGCAAGUAUUGCUUCAGCAACCUUUGCUUUAAGGGCAAGUUUGACUUCCUGUAUCUUCCGAUUGACUUCAGGUCAAAGGCCGGACUGGGUUACGCGUUCGUCAACCUGGUUGAGCCUUCUUUUGUGCCGUCGUUUUGGAAGGCAUUUGACGGCUACACGAAAUGGGUACUGCCAAGCUCCAAGGUUUGCCAAGUAAGUUGGAGUGGCCCACACCAGGGCCAGAAAGCUCAUGUCGAUCGCUACAGAAGCAGUCCCAUCAUGCACGGAAGUGUGCCCGACGAGUACAAGCCGAUCGUCUUGCAGCAUGGCGAGCGCAUUCCUUUUCCAGAGGCCACGAAAAAAAUUCGGGCCCCACGACACAGGAAGUGA